UCCUUGUUGUGAGCCCCGGCCCGGCAGUGACCCGGCUAGUGUCCCCGCUGUCUGGAACGGGACUGCUAGCCUGAGUGUAGGUCGCAGCCGCAGCCCCUCUCCGACGGUCCCCCUUUCAGCACAGGUCCUUUCCGCACGCCCCGCGCUCUCUAACAUGCCCAACCCUAGCAGCACCUCCUCUCCCUACCCCCUCCCUGAGGAAAUUAGGAGCCUGUUGUCAGAUGUUGAUAUAUUUGUAACAGACAUACUGAGAGGGGAAAAUUUGUCCAGGAAAGCAAAAGAAAAGAGAGAAUCCCUUAUCAAGAAGAUAAAAGAUGUGAAGUCUAUCUAUCUUCAGGAAUUUCAAGAUAAAGGUGAUGUGGAAGAUGGGGAAGAGUAUGAUGACCCUUUUGCUGGAUCCUCAGACACAGUUUCACUCGCCUCAGAACGAUUUGAUAAAGAUGAUGAAGGCCCCUCAGAUGGAAACCAGUUUCCACCAAUUGCAGCCCAGGAUCUUCCUUUUGUUUUAAAGGCUGGCUACCUUGAAAAACGCAGAAAAGAUCAUAGUUUCCUGGGAUUUGAAUGGCAGAAACGAUGGUGUGCACUCAGUAAAACAGUGUUCUAUUAUUAUGGAAGUGAUAAAGACAAACAACAGAAAGGUGAAUUUGCAAUCGAUGGUUACAGUGUCAGAAUGAAUAACACCCUUAGGAAGGAUGCAAAGAAAGACUGCUGUUUUGAAAUCUCUGCUCCUGAUAAGCGUGUCUAUCAGUUCACAGCAGCUUCUCCCAAAGAUGCUGAAGAAUGGGUACAGCAGCUGAAAUUUGUAUUACAAGACAUGGGAUCUGAUGUUAUUCCUGAAGAUGAUGAUGAAAGAGGAGAGGUAUAUGAUGAUGUUGACCAUCCUCUACCAAUCAGCAGUCCACCAACAAGCAGUCAACCAAUAGACGAUGAAAUUUACGAAGAGCUUCCAGAAGAGGAGGAAGACAGUGCUCCUGGGAAAAUUGAAGAACAAAGAAAGAUGAGUGAGGACAGCGUUCACCACACCACAGGAGAUAAAAGCACGGACUAUGCUAAUUUUUACCAGGGCUUGUGGGACUGCACAGGAGCUCUCUCUGAUGAGCUGUCAUUUAAACGUGGUGACGUGAUUUACAUUCUUAGCAAGGAAUACAAUAGAUAUGGCUGGUGGGUAGGAGAAAUGAAGGGAGCCAUUGGCUUGGUGCCUAAAGCCUACGUAAUGGAGAUGUAUGAUAUUUGAGAAUCUUGGAGGAGGAUGAUUCUUGUGCUGUUCUUGGCAAGUGCUUGGGAUUUAGAAACACCAUAAACACAUGAGUGACAGCUCAUAACCCUUCUUUGUUGUAUUGAAUGACGUCUAUCUUCAGCUGUUAUUGUAUGCAGUCAUUUGUUACAAUAUUCCUCUGAUGUGAAAUUAAAAUGAAAGUUAUUAAUGUAAAUUAGAUGCAAACAGAAAAGUUAUAUACCUGUUGCUUAUUUUACAAAGAAAUAAUUACAGGUUUUAUUUACCCAUCUGAUUUGUCUGAAGAAUUCA